AUGAACCUGGAAAUCAAGCAGGUAUACGGAUGGGUACGACUUCCAGGUCUUCCCUACCACUAUUACCACAAAAGCAUCCUACGAGCCAUUGGAGAAGUGAUUGGGAAUGUGCUUAAAAUUGAUUAUAACAUGGAGGGCCUUGAGAAAGCACGUUUUGCUCGCCUUGCUGUGAAGAUCGAUCUAACCAAGCCUCUGGUCUCUAUGAUCAAGCUCGAUGGAAUGACGCAAUAUGUCGAGUAUGAAGGACUACCCACGAUUUGCUAUCACUGUGGUCGCUACGGGCACCUAGACUCUGUAUGUCCGGUGAAAGUGCAACCUCAAGGAACAACCCCGGUAACAUCCAACCCCUUGGCUGAGGGCCCUACGAAGCCAGCACCACCGCUGUCUGUAGCAGAAACCUGGGCGAGUGAAACUCAGACGAGGGAAGAGAAAGUGUUUAGUGAGUGGAUGAAAGCCCCUACUCGAGGAGGCCGGUACACCAGAGGCAGCCGAAGGAACCCUGACAGCAGCACACACUAUAGGGUAAAUGGAGGCAAUAGGUUCAAUAUCCUAGCCACCUCGGAGAUAGCAAACAGUGAUUAG